AUGGCGCAGCGAGGAAGUCAGAAUAACUCGGCAAAGUUUUGCUGUUCGAUCUGUCUGGACCUGCUGAAGGAUCCGGUGACUAUUCCCUGUGGACACAGCUACUGCAUGAGCUGUAUUAAAGACUACUGGGAUGGAGAGGAACAAAAGGAAAUCUACAGCUGCCCACAGUGCAGACAAACCUUCACACCGAGGCCUGUCCUGGGGAAAAACACCAUGUUAGAAGAUGUAGUGGAAGAAGUGAGAAAAACAAGACUCCAAGCUUCUCCUCCUGAUUUCUCCUAUGCAGGACCUGGAGAUGUGGCCUGUGAUUUCUGCACUACAAGAAAGCGAAAAGCCCUCAAGUCCUGUCAGGUGUGUCUGGCCUCUUACUGUGAGCAUCACCUCCAGCCUCACUAUGAUAUUGCUCCAUUAAAGAAACACAAGCUGAUCAAACCCUCUGCAAAUCUUCAGGAGAACAUCUGCUCUCCUCAUGGUGAGGUGAUGAAGAUUUUCUGCCGUGCUGAUCAGCAGUGUAUCUGUUAUCUCUGCUCCAUGGAUGAACAUAAAGGCCAUGACACAGUCUCAGUUGCAGCAGAAUGGACCGAGAAGCAAAAAGAGCUCAGGGUGAGUCAGCAAAAAAUCCAGCAGAGAAUCCAGGACAGAGAGAAAGACGUGAAGGUGCUUCAACAGGAGGUGGAGGAGAUCAAUCGCUCUGCUGAUAAAGCAGUGGAGGACAGUGAGGAGAUCUUCACUAAGCUGAUAACUUUGAUGGAGAAAAGAAGGUCUGAUGUGAAGCAGCAGAUCAGAUCCCAGCAGAAAGAGGAAGUGAGUCGGGCUGAAGAAGUUCAGGAGAAGCUGAAGCAGGAGAUCGUUGAGCUGAGGAGGAAAGAUGCUGAGCUGGAGCAGCUCUCACACACAGAGGAUCACAUCCAUUUUCUACAGAAUUACCCCUCGCUCUCAUGUCUCAGUGAAUCUACAGACUCACCCAGCACCAACAUCCGUCCUCUGAGCUACUUUGAGGAUGUGACUGCAGCUGUGUCAGAGCUGAGAGAAAAACUACAGGGCUGUCUUAAUGAGGAAUGGUCCAAGAUCUCAAGGGCAGUGACUGGAGUGGAUGUUUUACUGUCACAACCAGAGCCCAAGACCAGAGCUGAAUUUUUACGGUAUUCACGUCAAAUAAGACUGGAUCGAAACACAGCACACAGACAUCUGUCAGUACAUAAGUUGUCCAGAAAAGCAGAAUUAAUGGAAGAAGAACAGAUUUACUCUCCUCACCCAGAGAGGUUUGAUGAAUUGUGGCAGGUCCUGAGUAGAGAGAGUCUGACCGGACGUUGUUACUGGGAGGUGAAGUGGAAGGGGGGAGUUUCAAUAGCAGUCUCAUAUAAGGAUAUCAGCAGAACAGGAACCAGGGAUGCAUGUGCAUUUGGAUGCAAUGACAAAUCUUGGGCAUUGGAUUGUUACUUCAAAAACUGUCAAUUCAAACACAACAAUCUCCAAUCUGAAAUUCUGGUCCCUGUGUCCUCCAGAGUAGGAGUGUACCUGGAUCACAGAGCAGGUAUUCUGUCCUUCUACAGCGUCUCUGAAACCAUGACUCUCCUCCACAGAGUCCAGACCACAUUCACUCAGCCUCUCCAUGCUGGACUUUGGCUUCUAAGAUUUGAUGUUGGUAAUGGAGCCACUGCUGAGCUGUGUAAGCUCAAACAGAUAUGA